AAGCAACAGCUUGUCUUGCUUUAAACUUUCAAUUCUCCUAUCUUGGCACCUCUCUUCUUUGCUUUUUUCUGAUCUGGCUGUUUUUUUUGCUUCUUUCUAUAUUUUUUCCGGACCUAUACAAAACUGUUUAUAUUUGUACGCCCGGCACGCACGCACGCGCGCACCAAUACUACUCUCUUCCUCCCUCCUCCUCCUCCUCCUCCUCCUCCUUCUCCUCCUCUUCUUCUUCCUCUCCCCCACUCCCUCUCCCUACAACUCCGCCCCGCCAGCGACAUACGAUUUACUCCCCGGCCAGAAUGUAGCUUGGGGGACCAUUAUCGAUGGAGUCGAUCAUGAUCUCCCCCCGAGACGACGAUGAUGUUAUUUACUACAACCCGUCCCGGCAGAUCUAUGCAGGAUUAUGGACUUUAUUUGCCGGGGCCACUGUCUUCCUCUCCCUGAGGCUCUGGUGCAAGCUCACCAGGCGUCAUGGGCUCUGGUACGACGAUUACAUUCUCAUAUCAGCAUAUUUAUUCCUCAUGACCACUGAUAUCAUCAUCACUGUCGAAUACGCAACCGGCUACAGCCUGGGCAGCUGGAACGACCGCAUGCACAUCCUCAUCAACACCUCGUCGAUCGGCACCGUCAUCGGCCAGGCGGUGAGCAAGUCGGCCUUUGGAGUGACCCUGCUGCGCAUGGUGGAGAAGAAAUGGCAGGCGGGUAUCCUGUGGUUCUGCAUCGUCAGUAUGGACAGCAUCGCCUUCAGCAAGUGUAUCUUCCAGUGGGCCAAGCUGUGCGGCGACGACGAUUACCAGCAGUGGUACAGACUGCAGGGCUGGUGUCUGAAUGAAGAUUUCUCCGAUCAGUGGAAAGAAAUCGGAAAUAUCUACAACAUCCUUAUGGACUUUGUCUUUGCCAUGUUUCCCUGGUUCAUAACAUGGCGUCUGAAACUCCAACGAGCAGAAAAGGUUGCCCUCUGCCUGACACUGAGUCUUGGAAUUAUUGUCGCUAUUAUCACGGCCGUCAGGACUUGGUGGAAGGAUACUCCACUCAUGCACGUUCACGACACAUGGUACAUGUGGCGAGACGCCAUGUCCGAGAUCUGGUACUCUGGCGAGGUAGCCGGCACCAUCAUCGUCCAGUGCAUCCCAGUCCUCCGCCCCUUCGUCAAGGACCUCCACACAUCAUUGACAUCCCGACGACUGGACGCCACAGAGCCCACGACCAAGGGCUCCAACAACUGGCGCGGCAGCACCCUAGUGGAGAAGAAGGGCUUCGCCUCCAUGUCCCGGGACGAGGAAAACCAGAAGAGCCCUGGGAUCUUCGAGCUGACCGAGAUUCCCGAGGAGGUGCAACCGCCCGCGUCGAUGGCAAGGUCGGGAGGAGGGUAUUAUCAUCAUCAAAUGGGUCAUCACACCGACGCGUACUGGUCUCCGUCCGAGAUUGAUCUUCGCAUCCAAGCAACACACACGAAACCGCUCAAGAAGGAAAGCUGGCCGCUCUGA